AAGGAUGACCGCCCUUGAUUCUGUGUAGAGAUUAAUAAUUGAUGAGUUCACAGUCAGGAAUCUUAGUAAAAGGAAAUUGGUUACUUUGGGCUGCUACUUUGUCAAGUACAGGAGACGGGGUGCUGCAGAACUUGCCGGCAGAAAAAUGAAGAGGACCCUGGUUCUUCUGCUUGCUGUAGCAUUUGUGCAUGCUCUAGAAAGAGGCCGAGAUUAUGAGAAGGAUAAAGUUUGCAAGGAACUUGCCAAUCUGGGAAAAGAGGACUUCACAUCUUUAUCAAUGGUCUUAUACAGCAGAAAGUUUCCCAGCAGCACAUUCGAACAGAUCAGUCACCUUGUGAAUGAAGUUGUCUCCUUGACAGAAGCCUGCUGUGCUGAAGGGGCCGAUCCCGAAUGCUAUGACCUCAGGACCUCAGCAUUGUCUGCUAGGUCCUGUGAAAAGGACUCUCCAUUCCCAGUACACCCAGGAACUGCUGAGUGCUGUACCAGAGAGGGCCUUGAACGGAAACUCUGUAUGGCUGCCCUGAAGCACAAGCCACAAGAGUUUCCUACCUACGUAGAGCCCACAAAUGAUGAAAUCUGUGAGGCAUUCCGGAAAGAUCCCAAAGACUUUGCUGAGCAAUUUAUGUAUGAAUAUUCCAUUAAUUAUGGACAAGCCCCUCUAUCACUCUUAGUCAGUUAUACCAAGAGUUAUCUCUCUAUGGUAGGAUCCUGCUGUACCUCACCAAGCCCAACAGUAUGCUUUUUGAAAGAGAGACUCCAGAUGAAACAUUUAUCACUUCUCACCACUAUGUCAAAUAGAAUCUGUUCACAGUAUGCUGCUUAUGGGAAGGAGAAAUCAAGGCUCAGCCAUCUCAUAAAACUAGCCCAGAAAGUGCCAACUGCUGAACUGGAGGAUGUUUUGCCACUAGCUGAAGAGAUCAACACAAUCCUCUCCAAGUGCUGUGAGUCUACCUCUGAGGACUGCAUGGCCAAGGAGCUGCCUGAAUAUACAGUAAAAAUCUGUGACAACUUAUCCACAAAGAAUUCUAAGUUUAAGGACUGUUGUCAAGAAAAAACACCCAUGGACGUGUUUGUGUGCACUUACUUCAUGCCAGCUGCUCCCACACCUGAGCUUCCAGCCGUUGAGCUGCCCACGAGUACCGACGUAUGUGAUAAAGGGAAUACCAAAGCCAUAGAUCAGUAUACAUUUGAACUAAGUAGGAGAACACAUCUUCCAGAAGUAUUCCUCAGUAAAAUACUUGAGCCAACCCUGAAAAGCCUUGCCGAAUGCUGUGACUCUGAAGAUUCUACUGGUUGUAUGAAUGCUCAGGGCCCUCAACUGAAAAAGGAGUUAUCUUCUUUCAUUGACAAAGGACAAAAACUAUGUGCAGAUUAUUCAGAAAACACUUUUACUGAGUAUAAGAAAAAACUAGCAGAGCAAUUAAAAGCUCAAAUGCCUGAUGCCAGCUCCAUGGAUCUCCAAGGGCUGAUUGACAGGCGCUCAGAUUUUGCCUCCAAGUGCUGUUCCAUCAACUCACCUCCUCUCUAUUGUGAUUCAGAGAUUGAUGUUGAAAUGAAAAAUAUGCUAUAGUCCUGAUGCAUGUGUGUGUGGUCUUAGAUCUGGUGUUGGAACCACCUGGGAACAUCUGAUGGCCUAACCUAAGCAAAACCAGAGCUCCUGGGGAGACCAGUAGAAUACUCCCUGCUUUUUAUCAGCUACAGUAUCUUUAUACAAUGAUAAGAUUGAUAAUUUGCUAAAAAAAUAAAUAUGAAGCAGGCCGUAAAUGUUACCGAGGAUAAUGUUACAAUGUUGAUCUUCAGUUCUGUCCCUGCGAUUUUCACAAAGAUGCUGCAAUAGGCAGGCCCAAGCUCAUGAGCCCCUGCUUUUUUCUAGCUCUCUGCUCUGUCUUUCUAGAAGAUUCACAGUAUUAAGUAUCCACUUUCAAAUUCCCAACACACUAAGCUCCAUUUCUUGAUUACUUCUCAGGCUUAAUAGGCACCAUUAAGGAAAAGUUAGCCAGACUUCUAUCAUCAAUAGCCUGGGAUUGCUCCCUUCUUAAAGAUCCACCACCGCCACCUUCCUGAGAACACGUUUGUGCUCCCAGCUGCUGGUUGUGUGGCAACAUCUCCCUUGCACAAAAAUCUCUGUGGUCUGAACCUUUUUAUCUUUGCUAAAGACAACUACUCAGAGCUAUUUAUUGGGUGAAAAUUCUAAAAACCUGAUUUCAGCUUAAUUCAAUUUACCAUGUGUACUCUGUAUAGGAUAUUUCUAGGUGCUUUCUUUGCUCAGGGAAAAAUGAAUGUCCUAAUUCAACAGGUUUUAUUUUGAAAAAAUGAUCAUACUUUUAGAAUAAAUGCCUCUCUGAAACCAA